GAAACCAACUAACUGUGAGAGGAAGACUUGCUUUUACCGCUGAGGGAGACAUGUAGAUUCAGGUUUCUUUGACCACGUGAUUCAACAGCCUGUUUUGUCAACAGAACUCUAUGUUGAGAAUAUUAAGCCAUAUGAAGAAUGACUGAAUCUUACAUUUCCGUGGUCACUCAAGAGUUGAUCACUUGUGGAACUCUUCUUGGACCCCUUCCUUUGACAUCAGGUUCUCCAGAUUCGCUAGCAGUGUUAACGUGGCGCUGUAUUGACAAAUUACCGAUUUCAAAGCAAGUGUUGAAAGUAUCGCUAAGGGAACAAAACAACAGCAGAAGUUUGCCCAAGACACCACCGUGGUUGGCUCAUAUUCUUCCCGCCAGAAAUCCGGAAGAACAGAACUUGGAGGUGAUUGUAAAGGGUGGACAGCUAUACUUUCGGGCUUUAAGAGACAUUAUUGCCAGUGAGGAACUCAGAGCUUGGUUCGGUCAAGAUUUGGUCGAUAUCCUGAAGCUGCCAAUGAUUCCUCCUAGCAUCGUAGAAGGUGAGAAGAGAUUUGAAUGUAUGCUGUGCCAAGAACAAUUCGAAAAUCCGUUUCCUGUGGUUGCUCACCUGAUGUACCGAUGCCGACGUAAAGACCAAGGAGUGACACCCGUUCAAAAUCCAUUUCGAAAAAAGAACGGUGGACGGGUGAAAAAUUUCGACAUUGCAACUUUGACUGACAUGAAUGAUAGUGAAAUAACUGGCAGUGAAGAGCACAACUCACCACCGCCUACCAUAUCCACAAACGUCUCAAAACUCUCCCCCAAGGAAGCUUUACAAGAAGUGAAUAGUGAAAGUUCUAAUAAGAGGAAGAAAAAACUUGAAAAUAUUGAAGAAUACCUAUGUGCGGCCAAAAGGCCGAAGACAGAUACCACGAAAUCAAAUGAAACAGCAUUGAAACUAGACAAAAAAGGUGCUAAUCUGAUAAAAACACAGUCCAGCGCUUUUAAAAUAUCUUCAUCGCCGGGAUCUGUCACUUAUCAUCCACCAAUAUAUACGGGUGUCGAUCUCCAUCCAACAGAAAGUAACAGCUCAAGUGCUUUCAAGAAAGUCGACAAAUCAAGUAACUCAUUCCAUUCAAACAUAAGCUCGGUGUCCAGUUUAUUUCCCGGAACUUUAGACCCAAGGGAAAUUUUAUUUCAAGCUGGAUCUAACAAUUUUUCGCCAUUUCCGUACCCUAUUACCCCUGUGACAAGUAGCCCCCCUUGUGGAGGGGUCACUCCGUCACAGAAUGGUAUUAAUGCGAUUCCACAUCCAACGCUAACCAGUCCUUCCAUAGAUGUGCACAUGACAAGUGCUUUUGCACCAAGUGCGAAGAUUGCAACGACAGUUUCAAAUACAUCUGUUAAUAUACACCAACAGCUGAAAAUUGCGGAAGAACUGAAGAUGAUGAGGAAGAUUCCAACCUUGCCAGAAGGAGGUUAUGAAUUAAGUCCUCUGAUUCCAUCAGGCAUUAAUGGAGCUCGUAUGUCUAGCAUGUCAGCUGCUUUGCAUUAUGCUCCCAAACCUCAGUCUUUAGAGGCAUUUCCAGGGACUAAAGGAUUUCCUACACCUCUUCUUCCAUUCUUACCCCCUUCCUUGGCAGCUCUAUCUUUCCCAACACAGAAUUGGUGUGCCAAAUGCAACGCUUCUUUUAGAAUGACCAGUGACUUAGUUUAUCAUAUGAGGUCUCAUCAUAAAAGAGAGACAGAUCCACAGAAACUGAAAAGGGAGGAAAAACUGAGAUGUCACAUUUGUAAUGAAACUUUCAGAGAAAGGCACCAUUUAACAAGACAUAUGACAUCUCAUCAAUGAACAGAAUCUUGUAAGUUGGGAAUGGGAACUUCUAGUUUGCUUCGUGUUAAUGGUUGAAAUACUUUAUAUUGAAUCCCGAGACUGCUUUAAUUAAACUAAAAUGAAAGAGUCAGUCUGCAUAUUGAUAUGAGGUUUUGUUACAGAUACAUGCUUCAUAAAAUAGCGAAAGUUUUCAAAUAUAAAAUACGUAAAAUCGGGCCAUUGGUAUUUUAGGAAGAAAUGAAACAAAAAUUCUUAGGUAUCUGUGAAAAAUAAAAACAUUUUCAUGGUAUCGCGUUGAAGAAGAGUUUUAUUACGAAUACCCUCUACAAAAUAUUUUAUUACACAAUAUUAUUGUUAUAUAUUAUUAUUAUUAUUAUUUUUAUAAAACAGAGCUUAAAUUCGGCCUCAGCCCGCCAUAAUAGAGCUUCAAUAAUUCUCAGUUUUUGAGUGAAAUUUAGUUUCAGGAGAAGCCAGCUGAAUCUCUAAGUUACGGCGAGUUUCGAUAAUUUGUUGCGUAAUUGUACUACAUUAUAAGCUCAGGAUUCUGUCAUUAAUUAAACAUUUGAUUUAACAGUCAGUAAAAUGAUGUUAGCUACUGAAUCAUGCUUCAGUUUCUGUCCAGUAAGUAAAGCACGCGGACAAACUUCAUUACCCUGAGAAACAAGUCUCCAUUUCAAAAUAGCAAUUAUCUUUCCAAGAAGAGGAUUAUUUAUGGAUUCUGUUUAUUCUAUGAAGAAAGCUUUAUGUGAAUUGAGGGCUAAAUUGAGAAACCAGUUUUA